AUGAGCCGCGGUUCAUACCCCCCGGUGCCGCGCUCCACAUCUGCGAAAAUUCUUGACUUCAGCUAUGACUGUACCACGGCUUUCGGUGGUAGUGCCUUCCGGGCGCUGCUGUCCGAUAUGGACGGCACACUGAUCGACUCUACCGACGCGGUCGUUCAACACUGGCAGCGCAUCGGCAAAGAGCUGGGUAUGGAUCCCAGUGUCAUUCUACAGACGGCCCACGGCCGCAGAACCGUUGAUACGCUCAAGAUUAUCUCUGCAGUUGGUACAGCUUGA